CAGAGGUCUCAUAACCACCGGAACUAUUUACAUUCGAAUAUCACUACGCCUACAAAAUCUAUAAAUAGAAAGGUUUGUCUUCAGAUUACUUGAGAACUUUGAAAAUUUAUUUCUUUGACGUUCUGGGGAAUUUAAGUUUGGAAAUAUAUAAGUAUUAUGUCGGAAUUUAGCCGUUUUUGAUCAGGAACUAUUUUCCAAUAGAGAUACAAUGAUCUGCGUCAAGUUGAAUCGUUAAACGAACGUCGGAGAUGGGAGAGUGCGGUUGUGUUUUUGUGCCUGUCCGAAGACAAAUCAGUUUUUUAAGUUUGUAAGUUCAUACUUUUAUGUUAUUUACGUUCAUUCGAAUCAGAAUCUGUUUGUAAUCAUGGAUAUAGAAGACUCGACGAAGAAUAUCGAUGUGUCAGUAUUGCCAUCUGGUGAUCAGAAUACGAACAAGAGUGAACAAUUAAAAUCGAAAAAAGACCGUCAUAAGAAAAAACGUAAAUGGAAACCAUAUCAUAAAAUGUCGUGGAAAGAAAAAAGAAAAGCCGAUAAGAAUGAGACUAAACGUGCGAAUCGUGUGAGAGAAAAAAUGUUUGCAAAUGGACAAGCCAUAGCACCUUACAACACAACGCAAUUUCUGAUGGCCGAUCAUAACCAAGAAGAGCCCAAUUAUUUCGAAGACGACGAUGUGUUGAAUGACACUCCCAGUGAAUGUUUGAGAAACGAAGGAUAUAUGCAAAAACAAUUUGCAGAAGCUUACGAAAAUGUUCAUACAGAAAGAUUGAACGGAUUAUCUAAGAGUGAUCUUGUGCAAGAAUAUUUACUAUUAGAAGAUAAAGUAGAAGAACUUGAAAAAAAAUGCCGUCAAGCCAAAGAAGAUCAUAAAGACCAAAUAAUGGAGAACGACGCACAAACUGAAUGUUUAGAAGAGAAAAACGAUGAUUAUUGGCAAAAAGUAGUCGUCUUUAGGGAAGAAAUUGAAAAGUUGAAGAGAGAAAAUAAUCGUUUACGCACAGAAAACGAAGAACUGACUGAUGCGAUUUAUGAUAAUACAAUCAGCGAUUGAUUAACAGUUCAUUUGAAUAUCUGUUUUAGUAACCCGUAAGAUGUAGAAUACGAAAGAAGGAUGUAGAUUAUAUAUAAAGUACAAAGAAAAUCAUUUUGUCAUCAUAAUCAAUCUGUAAACAUGUUACAUUAUUUUCGAAAUUUUUUUUCUUGAUCACAUUUCAGAAGUUUAUUUUCUAUCUUUUAAAUUAUUUAAGUCAUUUAAAAUAAAUUUUUA